AUGGAAAGUGAAACCAAAGACUAUAGCAAUAGAAUAAUAAAAAAUAGAGAUUAUAAUGUUUUAGUUGAAAAACUAAAGGAAAAAUAUCCUGAUGCUACUAAAGAAAUGGCAGUAAAAAAGAUAAACGUCAUGCGUACAUCAUAUCGUCGUGAAUUAAAGAAACAAAGAGCAAGUCUAAAAUCUGGUGCUGGCGCAGACGACGAAUAUGUGCCAACUCUUUGGUACUUUGAUCAUCUCUCGUUUCUUAAUGAUCAGGAAGAGUUCAUUACAGGACGAACUACAAUGGAAGAUGAAAUAGAAAGCGGGGUAAGAAAAAAUAAUCAACAUUUAGGUUAUUUAAAAAUUUUAUUUUGCCAUGAAACUGCACCAUUAGUAUUAAAAUAAGUAGAAAAAGUUUCUCUUAUAUAUUUUGCAUUAUUUGUUGCAUUUUUGGAAGUUGAAGCUUUUAGAUUUUGAAGAUUUGGGCCAUUGUGCCAAUCAGCAUAUUCCAUCGCUCCCGUUUCUACUAUUUCAGAGUCAAAACCACCUUCGAAGUAGGUUUGUUCAUUUUCCCUUCUUAAAAAAUUGUGCAAGUAAC